GCGCUCUGUGCUCCGUCUAACGCAAACUGAAAGUUACGUAUAUUUAGCGAUUUAAAAAGCCAGGUUAUGUAAAUUCUACUGUACGUUUACUAAAUAUCGAAUGUAUAGAAAUGACAACAGUUUAAAAAACAAUUACGAGUGAAUGAAAUUUGACCUAAUGAAAAAACCUAUGUUGUAAAAGAUGUUUACAAUGUCUUAUACCGGUGCAUUUUCAACAUGUACUACAAGUUUUCAAAUGGAAACUCAAAAUGCCUGUAAUGAAAUAAGAAACCAAGCAAUACCACUCAAUAGCGAGGCGGCUUGUAAUGAAACAAUUUGGGAGAUUCCUAUUCAACAAACAGAAAAAAGUGAUACUUUAAAAUCGAGGAAACAAAAAGUGCCAAAAAAAUUAUCUUCGAAAGACAGAAAAAUUUUAAGAAAUAGAGGUCAAGCAUAUGUAACAGUAUCAGGGAAAUUAGUCCAAGAAAGAUCUGUAAAAAAGUUAACAAGCUGCAGAAGAAAAUGCAGUGAACUUAUCACUUAUGAUGAUCAAAGAAUAAUAUUUGACAAGUAUUAUGAUCAAGCUACCUAUGAAAAAAGGUUCAUGUUUAUUAAAUCUCAUAUUGAAGUGGCUCCUAGAAAACAAGAAAGAAUUAAUGUGAAAUAUUACUUACCGCUAGCAAAUAAUAAGACAGAGGUGUGCAAAAAAUGUUUUACAGAUACACUAGGAGAAACUUUUGGAUUUGUUAAAACUGUUAUAAGAAAAUCUUUCAAUGAAUUAGAAGAAACAAAAAAAGAUUUAGAAAAAAAAUUAGAAGAGCUCCAAAAACAGACUGAUGAAGUAAAGGCCAAAUUGGAAGAAUUACAAGGGCCAUCCAAAAAAACAAAACCAAUAUCUCAAAAAUCCAAUGAAAGUAGUUCAAUGAAUUCAUCAAAAAAAUUGACUGAUAGAGAAAGACAAGUUUUAAGAAACAGUGGCCAAGCAUACAUAACUAAUUCAGGAAAAUUAGUUGAAAAGAAAAUUAUUACUCGUUUGACCCAGUGUCGAAGAAAAUGUCGGGAACGGGUACCACUUCAGCUUCAAAAGAAAUUAUUCAACCAUUUUUAUAGUUUAGAUUCCUAUAAAGAUAAGGUCCUUUAUCUUAAAUCCUGUUUGACUGUCACUGCCAAAAAAAGAGAUAGAUCGCUCAGCGGUAAAAGUAAACGGGUUUGCACCGUCUUAUAUGAUUUAAUAGAUGGAGAUAGGCGAAUAAACGUGUGUAAGCAAUGUUUCAUGAACACUUUAGAUUUAUCGAUUAAAUUUAUCCGUAAUAUUAUUAAUAAGUGUUGGAAAAGCCGAGACGAAAUAUUCGUCGUUGACGGUAGAGGUAAAACCUCGUCAGUAAACAAAAUCCCGUCCGAAAAGAUAAAAGAACUCGAAGAGUACAUAAACAAAUUUUACAUUAUAUCAAUGCAGUGUCCAAAGUGUCAAAACUAUGAAAAGUAUUUGAAUAAAAAUCUCACAGUUGAAGAGAUGUUUGCUCAAUACAAAGAAGAUAUUUCGGUGCCAUUGAGUUUAUACAGAUUUCGCACAGUCUUGAAAGAUUCUGGGCGAUAUUGGAAAAAUUCGAACAAAAAUGUGUGCCUCAAGUGUAAAAAGUCAGAAAAAUGUAACUUAGCCGAUCAAGCGAGAAAUGAAUCACAAUGCAUUGCAGAUAAACGAGUCAGACGCUCUCCGCCAAAUAAGUGUCCAACAGAUAAAAUGAAAGAGCUCGAAGAGCAUGUUAAAAACAUUCCUUUUGUUUUCAAACAGUGUAAUCAGUGUCAACAAAUGAAAAAAUACGUAAAUUCUGGUGUGACAGUUACAGCAUUGUAUCGUAGCUACGAAGAACAGACGUCCAACCCAUUGAGUUUGAAAAUGUUUCGCAUGAUUUUUAAAGAUUCUGGUUUACAUCUAAUGAAUCCUUUGGUCGAAAAAUGCAAAGAGUGUUUGGACUCAUCGAACUCAGUGAAAGCAAUUGACCAUAUUGACAAACGAGGCAAACAUACCCCACCGAACAAGAGUCCACUGGAAAAAAUUCAAGAAAUCGAAAAUCACAUAAAAACUUAUACGGUUUUCGUCAGUCAGUGCCAACAGUGUCGAAACUACGAAAAACAUUUAUUACCCGAUUUAACCGUUGCGAAGAUGUACAAAAAAUAUGAAGAAACUGCAGCCAAUCCGUUAAGUAUUGGAGUAUAUCGCAAAAUUUUCAAAGAAUCUGGCUUGAAUCUCAAAAGCUCGAAAUCGAGCGACUUGUGUACCCAAUGCCAAGAAGCGGCGAGUAAAAUAAAAUGCAGUAUUGAUAGAAUAAUAAAAGCUUCAACUUGGCCGAUUCAAAACUAACGCGGCGAAAAAUUCGAAUGAAGUUCAGGAUCAUUUCGGCAAUGAUGGACAACAAGUUCUUUAUCGGCAUAAAUAUUUUCAAGGAAUUGGGCUUUUAUAAGAGGAGAAAAUGUUUCAUGCACCGUGUUUAAUAUAACAAAUUAUUCUUCCUGAAAGCCUUAUUUAUCGAAUAAAUUAGUUUAAUAACCAUAAAAAAAAAUGAUUUCAUUCAAGACGUAAUUUAACAGUCGGAAUAAACAAUUUCGCGUUGAUAUUCAGUUGUCGACGAGUCAGCAUGUGUAUACGAGUUGAAGUUAUAGAUUUAGCGCGCUUCUGGUGCACGCAGCACACACGCGCGCGAUGUACAUGUAGCACAUGAAAAUCAAUAAACACUAAAAUAAUACCGCCCGGCAAUGUUGGAAAAAGGGGAGCUUGAAGGCGUAUCCCUAGGUGGCGCCCAAUAAGGGUGCGAAUUUGCCGGGUGCACGCAUACUACGAGAGAGUAUACAGAGAUAGUUUUGACGCCGCAACUGCAAGUGCAUCAGUUUGGCAGUGUGCAGGACUCGACAGGAACGAACAAUUUUUAACGAGUACAGUCGGACACGAUACGUUGAAAAAGUUGAAAAGUUUCAAGAGAGCUGGACUGUGGCGGCUGCAAUCAUGGU